CUCCCUUUGCCCCCUCCGGCACAACCUGCCUCUGACACCAGCUUUCUGCCUCUGCCCACUCCUGGCAGACCCGUCAGGACCAAAGCCUGCCAGCUAGAAGCAUGGCUACGAAAUGUGGAAAGUGUGGACCUGGCUAUGCUACCCCUCUGGAGGCCAUGAAAGGCCCCAGGGAGGAGAUUGUCUACCUGCCCUGUAUCUACCGGAACACAGGCAUUGAGGCUCCAGAUUACCUGGCCACUGUGGACAUUGACCCCAAGUCUCCCCAGUAUUGUCAGGUCAUCCACCGGCUGCCCAUGCCUGGCCUGAAGGACGAGCUGCACCACUCGGGCUGGAACACCUGCAGCAGCUGCUUCGGGGACAGCACCAAGUCGCGCAACAAGUUGGUGCUGCCGGCUCUCAUCUCCUCCUGCAUCUAUGUGGUAGACGUGGGCUCUGAGCCUCGUGCCCCAAAGCUAUACAAGGUUGUUGAGUCCAAGGACAUCCAUACCAAGUGUGGCCUGGGCUACCUCCACACCAGCCACUGCCUGGCCAGUGGGGAGGUGAUGGUCAGCACCCUGGGAGACCCUGACGGCAAUGGCAAAGGGGGUUUCGUGCUGCUGGAUGGAGAGACAUUCGAGGUGAAGGGGACAUGGGAACGGCCUGGGGGUUCUGCACCUAUGGGCUAUGACUUCUGGUACCAGCCACGACACAAUGUCAUGAUCAGCACCGAAUGGGCGGCUCCCAAUAUCUUUCAAAAUGGCUUCAACCUUGCUGAUGUAGAGGCUGGGCUGUACGGAAGCCACUUACAUGUCUGGGACUGGCAACGCCAUGAGAUGGUGCAGACCCUGACUCUACAGGAUGGGCUCAUCCCCCUGGAGAUCCGUUUCCUGCACAACCCAGACGCCACCCAGGGCUUCGUAGGCUGUGCCCUCAGCUCCAACAUCCAACGAUUCUACAAGAAUGAGGGAGGCACUUGGUCAGCGGAGAAAGUGAUCCAGGUGCCCCCCAAGAAAGUGAAGGGCUGGAUGCUGCCAGAAAUGCCAGGCCUGAUCACUGACAUCCUGCUGUCCCUGGAUGACCGCUUCCUCUACUUCAGCAACUGGCUACACGGGGACUUGCGGCAGUAUGACAUCUCUGACCCACAGCGGCCCUGCCUCACAGGACAGCUCUUCCUUGGGGGCAGCAUUGUUAAGGGAGGCCCUGUGCAAGUGCUGGAGGACCAGGAGCUAAAAUCCCAGCCAGAGCCCCUGGUGGUCAAGGGGAAACGGGUGGUUGGAGGCCCGCAGAUGAUCCAGCUUAGCCUAGACGGGAAACGUCUCUAUGUCACCACAUCGCUAUACAGUGCCUGGGACAAGCAGUUUUACCCUGAUCUCAUCAGGGAAGGCUCCGUGAUGCUGCAGAUCAAUGUAGACACAGUAAAGGGAGGACUGAAGUUGAACCCUAACUUCCUGGUGGACUUUGGGAAGGAGCCCCUCGGCCCAGCCCUGGCCCAUGAGCUCCGCUACCCUGGGGGAGACUGCAGCUCCGACAUCUGGCUCUGAAGCCCAUCCCUCACGGCCCCACCCCUCCUUCUGAGCCAUCACCUCUGCAGGGACCUGGCUUCGCUCUGCUCUCUUGGCUCCCAACUCUUGGCAACUUUGCCUUCCAAAGCCAAGUUGAGGCUGUUGAGACAUAUUGAGUGGCAUCUCCAUUUACUGACCACUGGUUGCAUGUUGCUCACUGUUGUUUUUACAUGAGUUCUUGGAAAUUAUUUCACCAAAUAAACUGGUAAACUUCUUCUUCA